AUGACCAACAGGGCGAAUACUGCCGUGGUCAUGGUCGACCCUAAAAAGCAACCUGCAAAAAGGACUGGGAAAGAGGAGGAAUUGUUAUCAAACUUCUGGGAGUUGUCCGUUAGUAGUAAAACGGUCUAUCGCUAUGACGUGGCUGUAUACUUGGGGACCCGCGACAAUAGCAGAGCUGUCAAUUUUUUGCGUGGUCCCCGAGACGAUUCUGCUUCGGUAGCUAGACGCAGAGCGUGUUUAUGCGCUCUGCAGCUCAUUCUGGAGCGGUAUGAUAUUCUCAACGACAACUCCGCUGUAAUAUAUGACGGAAGUGCCAUUAUGUUUUCAUCAGAAGAUCUUGCUUCUGCUUUGAAGAAACAUCAUGGUAUAUUAUCGAUCGACAUAGGUGACCUUCCAGUACAACUGAGUAAACAAACUAGAUUUUUUUGCCCGUCGGGCGAAAUCCUUACUAUAGAAAUAUGUCGUUGUCGGGACGCAGCUGCAUCGUUCGACAUUGCGGAUUUAUCAGCUCAGAUGAACCGAAAUUGGGCCACGAUUGACCGCUCGUGGAAACAGUUCUAUGAGUUGUUAGUUAGUCAGGAUGCAGUCAGCAGGGGUCGUUUCACCCAAUACGGGAUUGGGUGUUUGUACAGCAGGUCAGCUUCUGGAGAUGUGGGAUGCGGGUUUGAGAAAUUCACUGGUGCUCGGAAGGGAAUCAAAUUCAUUGAGGGGAAACGAAAAGGGCCAAAGAACGUCGUUCCUGCUCUGAUUCUCGACCAUCGCACAGGAGUUUUCUUCAAAAAUCAGAGUUUGAUGAAAAGUAUACGAGAGAUCGAAGGACUACAACGCGUCGAUCGUUUCGACUUCAGCGAUCCUAAUAAUCGUAUGAAUCCUAUAUUCAUUGAGGGGAAACGAAAAGGGCCAAAGAACGUUGUUCCUGCUCUGAUUCUCGACCAUCGCACAGGAGUUUUCUUCAAAAAUCAGAGUUUGAUGAAAAGUAUACGAGAGAUCGAAGGACUACAACGCGUCGAUCGUUUCGACUUCAGCGAUCCUAAUAAUCGUAUGAAUCCUAUGUGGAACAAAGUCAACAAUUAUGUUAAGGGCGUCCGUAUGAUUUAUGCUGGCUCCACUUCAAAGUCAAUCAGCUCCGUUGCCAUCGGUAUUAGUAAAGUUCCCAUCAAGGAUGUCAAAGAUUCUCGUGAGAGUGACCAGUCGAAGACCAGUAUUCUGGCGAGUUUUUCAAGCGUGGGUAUACCCAUCAACCCUCAUUGGCCGGCUGUCAAAUUACUUGUGCGAAACAAAGUACUAUAUUAUCCAAUGGAACUCCUGCAAGUGGAUCAUGAUCAAAGAGUGCCCGCUUGA